AUGGCGAGCACCACAACUACGACAGAGCACAUUGAGUUCUCAAAUCUGCGCAACGAGUCGCCGGUUCCACUUACCAACUUCACCCCCGCAGAUUCACGACAAAUCUUUAUCAAUCAGAAUCCAGACGAGAUACCAGAGGAUACUUCCUACUCUACGACAGUGAUUCCAAAUGGCGGCUAUGGGUGGGUCAUUGUCGCAGCAGGCUUCAUCACGACUUUCUGCCAGAAUGGUAUCAUCAACUGCUGGGGCGUGCUGCAAGCAGCACUGCUUAACUCAACUCUUAAGAAUGAAAAGGCCUCAACGUUGACCUUUGUUGGUUCUUUCGGCCUCGCUGGAGGGGCGAUGUACGGUCUUCUCGUCGUCCGCUUCAUGCGUUGGUUCGGCGCUCGACUGACAGGCAUGCUUGGAGUUUUCCUCAUGGGCAUGGGUAUGAUCAGUGCCAGCUUCUGCGCUUCUAAUGUCGCUGGACUCUUCGGUACAUUUGGUGUAAUUGGCGGUGUCGGCAUGGCAAUGAGCUACACAUGCUCGAAUGCGCUCCCAGUGCAGUACUUCAGCUCUCGACUAGGACUUGCGAACGGCAUUAUUAAGCUGGGAGGCGGUGUGGGAGGCUGUGUAAUGGCUAUCGCGCUCGAAGCUAUGUACCAAAGAGCCGGUAUUGAAUGGACAUUCCGCUUUCAGGGCUUCCUCACGCUGGCAGUAGGCAUGCCAGCUGCCUUCCUGCUCAAAGACCGCGUGCCACUAAAGACCGCACCAUUCUUCGACGCUAGCAUGUUUCGUUCCAUUCCUUUCUUGGCAACCUUCAUUGCCAGUGCAGUCGGAGUCUUUGCUCUUUACAUUCCCCCUUACUACCUGCCCUUAUUUGCGCAGUCUAUCGGCCUCAGUUCUGCAACAGGUGCUGCUCUAGUCUCUGCUUUUAAUGCGUGCAAUGCUAUUGGACGCUUUUGUGCUGGGCCACUUUGCGAUAAGGUCGGGCCUCUGAACAUGUUUGUUAUGGUGAUGGUAGUCAACGCUGUCAGCAUGCUUGCUAUCUGGCCUGUCUCUGACACGCUCACACCCCUUAUCAUAUUUGCAACGGUCAAUGGAAUUGCCAACGGCGCUUAUUUUACCACGCAGCCUACUGUCGUAGCCGGCAUCUUCGGGCCUGGUAGAGCUACAGUCGCGAUGAGCAUGUCAGUGACGGGCUGGUCCGCAGGCUAUCUGAUGGGUGCGCCAAUUGCAGGUUACUUACUUCAGGCUGCAGGAGCCGGCAAACAAAACGCGGGUGUUGGACAAAGUGUUGAGGUGUAUCGACCCGCUAUCUUCUACGCAGGUGGAAUGGCUACACUUUCUGCUCUGUUUGUAAUCCUGGCAAGGUUGACAGUGGCAAAGAAGGUUUUCAAGCGAGUGUAA